GUCAUCAAUGAACGGCGUGGGGGCGGGACAUCCCGUCUUUGCUUGUAACAGCUUCCGGGAGAGAGCGGGCCCUGGCCAGCAUCGGGGAUCGUCAGCCCCUUCCCCGGGCGCUCCGGCCAGACGAGACCAGGGCCCGCCCCGGGGAGAUCUACACCCUGGCCCCGGCGUUUCCAGUGCAGACCCAGGCAACAGCCAGGCCAUGGAGCUCUCUGGUGUGACCCUCAUUGAAGGCAUGGGUAAUGAGGUAGUGGUGCUGGCAGGUGUGGUGGCGCUGGUUCUAGCUCUGGUCCUUGCUUGGCUGUCCACAUAUGUAGCAGAGAGCAGUAGCAGCCAGCUCCUGGGAACCAUCGCGGCACCAAGAGACACCUCCGUCCUUCAGCUGGGCCAUGGAGACCAGCUGGUAGCGCGCCCAGACACGCCCAACCCCCCUGAGCUGUCCCACCAAUCGGAGGGCAGUGAGGAGAAGGCUGAAGAGGCCCACACGGGCGUGAGUGAUGCAGUGGGGGAGCUGGGCUCCGGGGCAGGUGUGGAGCCCAACCUGGAGCGGCUUCUGGACAUCCAGGGCCUGGCCAGGCGGCAGGCAGCUAUGGACAGUGGUGGUCCGGAAGCCCUGCCAUGCUCUACAAGGGGCACCUGCCUGCCUCCCGGUGCUGGCCUCAUCAACUUGAGGCUCAAAUUCCUCAAUGACACCGAGGAGCUGGCCGUGGUCAAGCUGGAAGACACUGUGGGUGCUCUGAAGAGCAAAUACUUCCCUGGACAAGAAAGCCAGAUGAAACUUAUCUACCGGGGCCACCUGCUGCAGGAUCCUGCAAGCACACUGCGCUCCCUGAACAUCACAGACAACUGUGUGAUCCACUGCCACCGCCUGCCCCCAGGGGCCGCUGCCCAGGACCCCUCUGCCACCCUGGCCCACUCUGCCGCUGAACCGCCCAGUCUGGGCCUCAGCGUGGACAGCCUCAUGGUGGCUGUGUUCGUGGUGCUCUUGGGUGUGGUCUGGUACUUACGGAUCAACUACCGCCAGUUCUUCACAGGGCCAGCCACGGUCUCCCUGGGGGGCGUCACAGUGUUCUUCAGCUUCCUGGUCUUUGGGAUGUAUGGGCGGUAGAACAAAGGCACAUCUUUAUCCACGGCACUUCCCUUCCCUGGCCCAAGGGAAGGCAGCCAGGAUCAGGUGCCCAGGCAGGAGGCCCAACAGGUGGAUGUUGGGCUGCCCCUGCCCACCAGACAGCUGUCCCCGUGCCAGCACACCUCAGGUAGAACCUUCUUCCAGCACCCUGCCCAAGCUCAGAGCUGUGCCUGGCUCGUGGGAAGCUUGCACUCAUCCCCCUGGCACCACUGUGUGGGGCUCUGGUGUCAGUCCUAGGACUGGAAUGGCACCGGCAGGGGAGACUGCACCUCUCCACCCCAGCCCUAGCAGGCAUGUGGUAUCCCCUGCACACUGCUGGCCUCUGCCAGGACAGCACCAGGCCACAGCUGCUGUGCCCCUGGGCCCAGAGCUGCCAGUGAGUACUGGCUCUCAGCCAGCACCUGCCUGCAGGGCUCCAUGGACUGCUCUGGAGGGUUCACCAUGGGCCACAUGGGCCGCCUUGGGAGUCCUAGAUAGACUCCACAUUUGUGAUUCAAUAAAGUUGUGUUUUAUGGCCAA